AUGAUGCCAACAAUGCUAACCAGAAGAGCGGCUGCAUUGCAAGAGCAAUUAAAACUUAAAAAUGCCCUCAGUGAACUAAAGUCACUGAAACAACUAAAUGCUGAUUUAAUGAGGGAACAAGAUGACAGUGAAGUGGAAAUGAGAUCAAUUAUUGCCAAGAACUCCCAGCUAAAGGGUGAACUAGCUGACCUACAUAGCGCUCACACUCUGGUCUUAGAGGAGCGCAACCAACUCCAGGAGGCAGUGCGUUCUUUUAACCAAUGCAUAUCUACUUAUGAUGAAGCUUUAGGAAGAAUUACUAUGUUGGAGGGUGAAUUAUGUAGCGCACAUAAAACUAUUGAUGACCUUCAGUCACAAUUACAAAAUGUAGAAAUGCAAUCAACAAAUAACUUGUAUGAUGAACUACUUACUUCAUCCUCAACAAUGCCAGUGUGCAUCGAUCUGACUUGUGAUAGCCCUUGUGUUAAAAAAACCAAGCCUCAAAUAGAUCUCCCCUUUUUAAAUAGCCACAAUAAAAUAAAAAAAUACAUUAGAAUUAGUAAAAUAAUAAAGAAAACUCAAAAAUUAGUAAAAAACCAGAAGAAAAGCAGUGAAAACCUGAUACUAAGAAAAGAACGUUCAGUUUUGUUAAAUAAGUUAAAUACCUUUUCUCUUUCUUUUCAAAGUAGCAGGGAAAAAUAUGAGAGUGAAAUCCAAACCUUAAAUGAUGUUAUUCAACAGCUGGAAGACUCACUUAAAACUAUGACUAUUAAAUAUGAGCUGUCAAAAAAGCAGAUUGAUGAACAAAUUCUGGCAGCUGAUGAGUUGUUAGCUCUAGGUACCUACAAUAGGGCUCGUUUUGAGUCAUUGGCAAAUAAAUGUCAAUCGGUUAUUUUAAUUAAAAUCACGCCUUUUGGUAAAAUCGAGCCUUUUGACGUUAGUUCCCACAACUGGGAUGCAUAUUGUCGUCGGGUGAAGCAAUUUAUUGCGUUAAAUAACAUCAGUGAAGAUUUACACGUGGCCACGUUGGUAACACAUGUCGGCAUUGCAUGUUACGAAUUGAUGUGCGACUUGUGUUCCCCGGAUUUACCGGAAGACAAGAAGUUUGAACAAUUAGUGAAGAUUGUCAAAGACCACUUGGAGCCACAAAGGUCGGAGAUCGCAGAGAGACAUAUGUUCCGGCAAAGGAAGCAAAGGCAAGGGGAGAUAGUGAGUGAUUAUUUGAAAAGUCUAAAACAUCUCGCCAAACAUUGCAAUUUUCGGGAUUCUUUGGAGGUAAAUUUGAGAGACCAGUUUGUUUCUGGCCUUCAAAGUGAAGAUAUGAGGUCACGAUUGUUUGCCGAGCGGAACAUCGAUUAUAAGCGAGCAAUAGAACUCGCAUUGGCGCUCGAGGCAGCGGAGAGACAUGCAGCGGAGGCAGCGUCCGGGGCGAGUUCCAGCGCCAUCUCGGAAGGGCUGCAUCGCAUCAGAUCCUCACCAGCGCGCGCGGAGCGCGGGCGCAUGAAACGGCGCGAGGGAGCGGGUGGCGUGCAGGCAGACGCGGCGGCCAGGGCCGGUGCGCUGAGCCUCGAGGGCUCACGGCGCGGCUGCUGGCGUUGCGGGCGCAGCGGGCAUCCGCCGUCCCGGUGCCGCUACAAGUUCUACAGCUGUGAUUCGUGUGGGCAGAGGGGCCACCUGAAGGUCGUGUGCGGUAAUGUUGAUAAGUGUAGUGAUGCGGUUAUACAGAAAACACAAAAGUUGCAUUUAGCUGACAAGACUCCAAUUUUCGUUAAAUCGCGCCCGCUUCCCCUCGCACUUCGCGCGCCGGUCGAGCGCGAGUUGGAGCGGUUGCAGCGAGAUGACGUCAUUUAUAAGGUAGACCGUUCUGAUUACGGUACGCCUAUUGUUCCUAUAAUAAAAAAAAAUGGAGACAUUCGUAUUUGUGGAGACUUUAAGGUCACUAUUAAUCCGCUAUUAAAAGAUUUUCAUUAUCCUCUUCCACAAAUUGAAGAUAUAUUUGCUACCCUUGGGGGAGGCGAACAGUUUUCUAAAUUAGACUUGUCCCACGCCUAUCAGCAAGUGUUAUUAACGGAGGACUCGCAACCCAUGACCGCUAUAACUACACACAUAGGCACCUUCGUUUACAAGCGAGUACCCUUUGGAAUAAAAUGUGUUCCUGAGUAUUUUGAAAAGUUGAUCGAAGAAACUCUGUGUGGCUUAUCCUCUACUGUAGCUUUUCAGGACGAUAUUUGUGUGACUGGCAAAGACAGAGAGACUCAUUGUAAAAAUUUACGUGCCGUUUUAGCCCGAUUAAAAGAGGCCGGGUUGCGAGUAAAUUGGUCUAAAUGUGAAUUCUUUAAGGACAGUGUAACAUACUUAGGAUACAAAAUUGAUAAAAAGGGUCUACACACUGAUGCAAAUAAGAUAAAAGCUAUUGUUUCGGCGCCAUCACCGAAAGACAAAAAUGUAAAAUGGUAUUGGGGUUGCGAAUGUGAAAGUGCCUUCAAAAGAGUUAAAAACAUUCUCAGUAGUUCGCCUGUGCUAGCACACUACGAUCCCAAGUUACCGUUGCUGUUGUCGGUGGACAGUAGCGCGUAUGGACUCGGCGCGGUUCUCACGCACCGCUACUCCGACGGAUCGGAACGUCUUAUCAGUUGCGCCUCGCGUACUCUUAAUGAGGCCGAGCAACAGGGAUGCUUGGUUUGGGGAUAUAGAGUAAUUAUCCCUGCCAGUUUGCACUCCGCUGUGUUAGACGAAUUACAUUCCGGGCAUAUAGGCGUUGUUAAAAUGAAACAGCUGGCUCGGAACUAUCUGUGGUGGAGCGGCUUGGACGCCGAUAUUGAGCCUGUUAGGAAAUAA